CGCUCAAAAUACAAUUCAGUUGUUACGUGCUAACCAAACGUUCCGGGUGUUGUCACAAUUUUAAGCUCCGCUAUAAAAAUACAUAUACACAUCUAAAUAAAAGAAAAUUUAAGCAAACUAAAUCAAACAAAAAUCCCAAAGCUCAGUUGCUGUUAAAGUUAACAGCCAUAGACUUUUACUGUAACAGACUUCUGCAUCCUUAACAUACAUUUGAGAGGAAGUGAAAAUAAACGUUAACUAUUUUAAAUUGAACCAGUACAUAUUAAAAAAAGUUAUCGUAGCAGAAAACGUACUUAAGACAGGCACCAUGGUGGAAUUUCGUUUUGAUCUAAGUCCCCUGUUUACCCAGCCGAUUGUCAAGGUUACAUCGAACCUAUUGCCGCACACAUUUCGUGGAGAUCGUCGCCAAUGUUUAGAUGCCACAUCAAAGAUGUCGGAGAUAAUUGAUCGUUUGGGUGAGCUGUCAGCCAGCGCCCAGAAACUUAAUAAACCGGUAACGACAGCGCAGCGUUUAAGAAUGUCGGAAAAUCAAACGAUUUAUCUGUUGGCCGAUGUAAAUGCAGGAAAGAAUGGCUGUGUUAUAGGUCUACUUAAAGUGGGCACCAAAGAUUUAUAUUUGUUCGAUGAAACGGGACAAACACGUAAAGUAGAGAAUGCACCAUCUAUUUUGGAUUUCUAUAUACACGAAUCGCGUCAAAGAGCUGGUUUGGGUAAAGAUCUGUUUGAAACCAUGUUGGCUGAUGAAAAUUGGACACCUGUCAAAUGUUCAGUGGAUAGACCGUCAGAAAAACUGUUGGGUUUCCUAAAGAAACAUUACGGUUUAGUACGUACUAUACCACAGGCUAAUAAUUUUGUACUCUACGAGGGUUUCUUUGAUGAUGGCAAUAAACAACAGCAGCAACAGCAACACCAUACAAAUGGUGGCAUGCAUAUCACAAAUAGUCCUAACACACAACUUUUUGGUGCUACAUAUUUGGGUGAUGAGAAUAACAAAAAACGUUCACAACGUCAAUUAGAUGCUUCUAAUUUUGCAACACAGAUAACACAGAUUUCACCGGUGGGUCGUUAUGGUGCCAGAAGACCAACUUGCAGUAUGGCCGAGAUAAUUCACAGUGGUACGACACCAAAUAAAAGCGGUGCUGAACCGGGAAGUAAUCAAUCACCUUCAGUUGAAUUUGUUAAUGAUAAUUUACAAAACUUGAAUAUAAACGAUCAUCACGAGCUCACUGAACAAGAAGAUCAGCCACAACAUGAUGAAGUUGAUGAAGAUUUACAAACCCAGGCAGAUAUUGAACAGCCAACAGCUUCUGCGGAUGCCACAGCUGAACUUGAAAUAAAUAUUAACGAGCAUGCUAACGACGAACACGAUCAUUCUCAGUCGCAACAAAAUUCAUUAGCCAACACACCCUCCCAACCAACGAAAAGCACAUCAUCCGUAUUCGAAAUGGAAAAUCGCAAGACAGCACCCACUUUCCAUUUGAGCAAACAGCAUACCGGCAUGAAGAAUCGUUCAUAUGGUGUUGGUAUGGCGGUUACACCCUCCACCAAAAUGGAAUUUGAUCAAGAGGCAAGAGAAGAUUUUGGUGUGGUUAAAAUUAAUCGACCCGUUGGCAAGCAACCCUUGUCGCCGAAUGCCAAUGAGGAAACAAUGUCCACUGUUUCUUCGGCUGGGGAGGGUUUAACCGAUCAGGGUUAUUAUGAUUUAAAGUUUUACCACAAUAAAUUGUGGUAAAUGAAAGUGGCAUCAAGUUGAAAAUAAUA